AUGGAAAUAAAAGAUAACUUUAAUCCCAUUCAAACGAAUGACAAUCACAUUUAUGUUGCUAAUGAGAUGUCCACACAAACGUCUACCCACAGUUUUAAAGAUCCAAGUCAGGUGAAUCCUUUAGCGGAGCGUUUACCAGAAGUAGGGCUUUAUGAUAAUAUGACAGAGCAAAUGGGCGAAAGUAAAACGAAACGUCAAUUGACUAACGAAAAUAAAGAAUGGUUGGGACGUUUACCUCUGAUCAAAACCCCUACGAUUAGAAAUCUUGUAAAACAACCUAUUUCUCCUACUAGAAAUGGGCAACUACAAAAUCAGGCUGAAAGGCAGUAUAGACCAAAUAAAACAAAUGAACAACUGCAAAAAAAUUAUUUUCGGAACCGCCAGCGCUUUCGGAACAGACCGCCUCAAGCGCAGAAUCGCCAGAACAAAUCGUGUCCGGGCCACCAGAUCAAAGCGGCCAACAGCACCAAUCUUCCUUGGUUUCGGUACCGAAUGCAAAGAAAGGGGUCAGAAUCGAAUGGAUGA